AAACGUAUAGAAAGUACUUUCACUGUGGCGCGAUUUUCGUAUAUUGUUUCUCUGAUUAAAUGUUUUCGAUUAUCAGUCACAUUUCAUUCUAUCUACGGUGUCGUAUGUAACCCUUAAGUAAAUUUGAAAUGGCCUCCCAGUCUACCUCAGCUAUGGAAAAAAUCGGCAUCAUUUGUACUUUUAUUGUAGGAUUUUACUUAAUUCGAUUUUUAUUAAAGUUUCUAUAUUUAAACUUUUUCGCACCAACAUUAAAAAUAAACGCUGUUAAAUUAAAUAAUAGUGUAGGAAAAUGGGCUGUUGUAACAGGUGCUACAGAUGGAAUAGGCAAGGCUUAUGCCGAAGCAUUGGCAAAGAGAAAACUGAAUAUUGUUUUGAUAAGUAGAACACAAUGCAAGUUGGAUGCAGUUGCUCAGGACAUUCAAACUAAAUAUACCAUUGAAACGAAAACAAUUCAAGCAGAUUUUACAAAAAAUAUUAACGAAAUCUAUCAUGUAAUCGAUAAGCAGCUUCAUGGUUUGGAUAUUGGUGUGCUCAUAAACAAUAUCGGGAUGAGCUAUCCAUACCCAGAAUACUUCCUAGAACUUAAAAACAAAGAUGAAAUUUACGAUAAUAUUAUUAAAUGUAACAUUUUGUCCGUUACAAAUAUGUGCAAAAUUGUUUUGCCUGGUAUGGUUGAAAGAGGCCGAGGCGUUAUUAUUAACAUUUCUUCAAUGGCAUCGUUAAUACCAAGUCCGUUAUUAAGCGUUUAUUCAGCUUCUAAAUCGUUUAUUAACAAAUUUACGGAAGAUUUGGAAACAGAGUAUAGCAGAUGUGGUGUUACAAUUCAAUGCCUUUUUCCAGGAUAUGUUGCUAGCAAUAUGUCCAAAAUUAAGACUUCGACUUGGAUGGCGCCUGCUCCAUCCAAAUACGUUGAACAAGCUAUAAGAAGUUUGGGUAUUAGAAGUAGAACUACCGGAUACUUCCCACAUACUUUGUUAUUAGGCGUGAUAACCUUUUUGGAUGCGAUUUCUCCAAUGUUAUCGAGAUGGAUUAAUACUAAAAUAAUGUUAAACAUUAGAGCAAGGGCUUUAAGACGACAAACUCUUUAAGUAUUGUAAAUAUAUAAUAGUAAUAAUAUUUUCCUAUUUAUUGUA